AUGGUCUCCCUCGCGCUCAAGUACAACUAUCGUCUAUAUCUUCUUAUCGACCUCACCAAGCUUUUUGGGCCCCUUACCGUGGUUACCUAUGUUGUGAUCUCUCUCAUUAUUCCCCAUUCGAUUUGCGUUGGAUACCUAACACGAAGUCUUUGGACUAUCUUGAUCAGUAUAGCAUACUGGUCAAUUGAGACACAAUAUACGCAUUACAUGAAUGUGCGAGAGGCCAAGAAACGAGGUGCAGUUCUGGUUCCUAAACUCAAAGGAAAAUGGCCUGGAAAUCUAGAUAUCAUUUCAGCGUCGAUGAAAAAACACGAGGAAGGAUAUGCUCUCGAGAACAUGGAGCAAUUUUUCGGGGACAACGACACUUUCAAUCUCGGAGCGAUGUGGACAGAUACUUAUUUUACCAGAAAUCAUCACAUUAUGCAGGCCAUUUUGGCAACCCAUUUUAAUUCUUUUCACAAGGGUCCUGAGUUAAACAUGAUGCUGCGCGGAGUAUUCGGGGAUGGUAUUCUCGCCACUGACGGUGCCGAAGCAAAGGCACACAGAGCGUUAGUGCGACCUUUCUUCACGAAGGAUCGUAUCCGAGACUUCGAAAUUCUGGAACGUUACGUCGAUAAGACAGUUACUCUCAUGCGUAACCGAGCUCUGUCGGCACAAUCCGUCGACGUUCAGGAUUUGUUUCAACGCUUUACUCUGGAUGCGGCGGGCGAAUUUCUUUUCGGUACGAAGGAUUUUAACGCCCUCGAUUCACCACUCCCCCUCCCCGGAAGGAUUCAUGAGGCCACUUUUCUUCGCAGUCUUAGGGGAAGAUUUUGGGCAAUUCAGGAGCUCUGGAAAGACAAGACUCAGGAAGACAAUAAGAUAAUCGACCGAUUCGUUCAUCCCCUCAUUGCCAAUGCCUUGAAGAAUAAAAAAGUGAGGGGAGACAGGAAAUGUGCGAUUGGUGAUGGGAGCUUAGUGGAUCAUUUGGCGGAUGCGACGAACGACGUAAAACUUAUCCGUAAUGAACUAUUCAACAUUCUGUCGGCUUCUCGGGAUUCCACAUCAAUAUUACUCACCUUUGUGAUUUAUUUACUGUCUUUACAUCCAGACGUAACGGCCAAGUUGCACAAUGAAGUGAUGGCUCAUCUCCCGUGCGGAUCACCAACUUUUGAAGAUAUUCGAAAAAUGAACUACUUGCGUGCCGUUCUCAAUGAGACAUUACGACUAUUUCCUCCAAUCCCAAUCAAUUGUCGAACAUCCAAAUCAGCCUGUCUCAUCCCUGGGGACCGUCAAACCAAUGGAAAACCGUUCUACAUCCCUAGUGGUAACAAAUUAAUCUUCUAUCUUCCAAUAGCCCUCCAACGAAGGAAAGAUCUGUGGGGGGAUGAUGCGGACGACUUCGACCCUGAACGUUGGAUCGACGAAAGAGUGCAGAAAUGGACGGAAAAUCCAUUUGUAUUUAUUCCUUUUAAUGCAGGCCCAAGGGUUUGCUUGGGUCAGGAGUUUGCAUACAAUGAAGCCAGCUUCAUGUUGAUCCGCAUCCUUCAAAUUUUCGACACCUUCACACUCCGCCAACAAGAGGAUGCGCCUCCUGGCUCUUGCCCGCCGCCCUCAUGGAAGGGAUGUCUAGGUCGAAAGGGCCUCGAACAAAUUUUCCCUAAAGCGUCCCUGACGUUGUACGUCAAGGGUGGAUGCUGGAUUCAAAUGGGUCUCGCUCAAAACUAG